UCUUCCUCUUCGCGUCGCCGGCGCUGACGCGGGCGCCGCCUUCUCCGGUGAAAACCCUACCUGCCGCCGCCCCCAUCCCGGCCGCGAGCGCCGGGUGGCCGGUACUAGCUGCUGCCGAGCAUGGUGUUCGGGCAGGUGGUGAUCGGGCCGCCGGGCUCCGGCAAGACCACCUACUGCAACGGCAUGUCCCAGUUCCUCUCCCUCGUCGGCAGGAAAGUCGCGGUUAUCAAUCUUGAUCCUGCGAAUGAUGCGUUGCCAUAUGAAUGUUCCAUCAAUAUUGAGGACCUCAUAAAACUCAGUGAUGUCAUGGCUGAGCAUUCGCUUGGUCCAAAUGGAGGCCUUGUGUAUUGCAUGGAUUACUUGGAGAAGAAUAUUGAUUGGCUUGAGGAGAAGUUGAAACCUCUUAUUGAAGAUCACUAUCUCUUAUUUGAUUUCCCGGGUCAAGUGGAACUUUUUUUCCUGCACUCAAAUGCUAGGAGUGUUAUCAACAAACUUAUCAAAAAGCUAAACUUGCGGCUGACUGCUGUGCACCUUAUUGAUGCUCAUUUAUGCUGUGAUCCUGGGAAGUAUGUGAGUGCUUUGCUUCUUUCACUGUCAACAAUGCUACAUUUGGAGCUACCGCACAUCAAUGUGUUGUCAAAGAUUGACCUCAUUGAAAACUAUGGAAGCUUAGCAUUCAACCUCGACUUCUACACUGAUGUCGAGGAUCUCUCUUAUUUGCAACGUCAUCUUGAUCAAGAUCCUCGUUCUGCCAAGUACAGGAAACUUACCAAGGAGCUAUGUGAUGUGAUUGAUGAUUUUGGCUUGGUCAAUUUUACAACUUUGGACAUCCAGGACAAGGAAAGUGUCGGCAAUCUUGUGAAGUUGAUUGACAAAAGCAAUGGCUAUAUAUUUUCUUCUAUAGACAGCAGUGUCGUUGAGUUCAGCAAAAUAGCAGCGGCACCACUUGACUGGGAUUACUACAGAACAGCAGAGGUGCAGGAGAAGUACAUGAAAGACGAUGAAUUCGUGCAAGAGACAAGCAAGAUGCAAUGAAACCAGAUUUUUCCUUUUUUUCUUCUGGAAUCCCUUGUACUUACAACAGACCAUAGUUUUCCCAUGGUGGCCCUCACAAGUGGAAAGUAGGGAACAACACAUGUUGUGGCAUUCUUGAUGAGUUAGUAUACUACACUGGAACAACUGAGACAUGUAUUUACCAGAACAAUGCUACUUAUGUCUGGGCACAUGUAUCCCAGCUGUAGAUGUUGGCUGACUUGUUGUGCCAUGUGUAGGAGUUGUAAACUCUGUAUUUGUGCUGCUGAUCCAAUCCAAGUCAGAUUUAAGGGUGUAAGUGGACCGGUCCAUGAACCCGCUUAUAGAGUAUCCACUUAAUUGGCAUAUAAAUGUGUUUGCGAGUCGCCCACUUACACCCCUAGUCGGAUUUGCUAUCGUCAUUUGCCACACUAUACAAUUCUCUAUCUACAUGCAAGCAGUUUGG